AUGGCUGUUACCGUUUCCAUCACCAUUAUCGUUAUCGUUAAUGUUACCAUCAUCGUUACCGUUACCAUCACCAUUACCAUUACCAUUACAGUUACCGUCACUGUCACCGUUACCAUUACCGUCACUGUCACAAUCACUAUCAAAAUCACUAAUACCUUUAUCAUCACCAUUACAGUUACCGUCAACGUCAUCGUUACUGUUACCAUCACCAUUACCCGUACCAUCACCGUUACCAUUAUAGUUACCGUCACCGUUAUCAAUACUGUCACCGUUAUCGUUAUCGUUACGGUUACCAUUAUCGUUACCUUCAGCAAUACCGUUAUCAAUACAAUCACCGUUAUCAUUAUUGUUAUCGUUACCGUCACUGUUAUCAAUACUGUCACCGUUAUCAUUAUCGUUACCAUUACCAUUACCGUUACCUUUCGUGAUACCAUUAUCUUUAUCGUUAUUGUGACCGUUAACUUCACUAUCACCUUAACUGUUACCAUAACCGUUACCGCCACCGUCACUGUUACCAUUACCAUCACCAUUACAGUCACCAUUACUGUUAACGUCUCUGUUGCCAUCACCGUUACCGUUACCGUUAUUUUUUCGGUUAUUAUCACCGUCACCGUUAUCGUUACCUUUACCGUUACUAUUAUUGUGACUGUUACCAUAACCUUUACCAUCAUUGCUACCGUUACCGUCAUCAUUACCUUGAUCGUAACUAUUACUAUAACCAUCAUCGUUACUGUCACAGUCAUCGUCACCGUCACAGUUAUCACCACUCUCAUUGUCACCAUCACUGUUAUUAUUACUGUCAUCGUUAUUGUAAUCAUUAUUGUUACCGUCAUCAUUAUCGUUACUAUCACCGUAACCAAUAUUAUCACCAUGAAUGUGACAUCUACUGUGACCGUGACCGUUACAGUCACUGAUACCGUUACCAUUACUCUCAUCAUUCUAUGA